GACAGCUUUUUGCGUGCGGCUUCUGUGCGUCUCUCCCUUCCACGGGUUUUCUCUGCUAAGCAAUUCUUCGUAGGAUUUACGUUUUGUAGUGCUGGACACGAUUCUACAUCUGAAACACUGUAAAGGAUCCAACAGGAAAAGGAAGUCGUCGUCAUCAGUUUCUCAGGCCUGUCGAUUGCAUGUCUGUAUCGGUGUGCUCUCCGGUGCUACGCUUUUCUUCCCGCACCACGACAAUUUCUCUGCGGGCUCCGCGUGCAAGAAUGAGGGUUCAGUCACUUUCCUCUUUCCGGAAGGAUAUUGACUGAGAUGCGACGGGGGAUGUUUGCGGCGGAAAACACGGCGUUUAGCUAUAUGGCAUAGGAAGAUAGGCGGCUUUUCGGCACAGCGACUGAACUUGUUUCCGUUACCGCUGUCUACUGCGAACACUUCUUCAAAGACCAGUGCACUUUUUUCGGUUUUUCCUAUAGGCGUCUCAUGCCUACAACGCCUACGACUAUUCGUCAGCUUCAAAAGCCACCAUAGAGUCUCGGAGCUCUUAAUCGUUCCUCUCCAGUUUCCUCCGUUGACGUGGCGCCGCCGCCUCGCUCCUAUACAGGAAGCGCGCUCGCUGUUUACUGAUGUUGCGCCAACACUUGAAAGUAUUCAUCGUGAACUGGUGAGAUCAUAAAAGGACUUUCAGACGCUGCUUUCUCCGCAUUUUUCUACCGGACAGGGGAAACUGCUACAUGCAAACGGACACACGUGUUCCCUUAGUGUCGUCUGAAGCAAUAGUGUUCAGUUUGGGUUCUGGGUACCCUCGAGGCACCUUCCCCACCACUUCGCCGCUCCCGUGUUGAACUUUCUUCUGCCUCUUCUCGUCUACCCGUUUUCCAAUGGCGACGAAAGGACAACCCCAGCCUCAAGCCUCGGGGCAGGGUUAUCCGGCGUAUCCCCAAGGCUACUACCAGCAACCCCCACCUGGAGGCUAUCAGACAGGAGGUUACGCUUACCCGCAACCGUACCAACCCGCCUAUAGGUAUUAUGGACAACCUCCUGUCCAAGGCCAGGCUGCUACUCCUUACGGAGCUGGAGAAGGAGCGUACCCGGCGCCGCCGCCUGCGGCUUACGCUUACCAACAGCAAGAAGCUCCUGCGACUUACGGAAAGACGUCUUCACUCCAGAGCACUCUGCCUCCAGGUGCCGCUCCAGGAGCUAUCGACAUUGAAACGGGUUCUCAAAUGUCGGACAUGAUUACUCCCGAUGUGGAUAGGGCAAUUCGGCAUGCCUUCGUCAGGAAGGUGUACGUUAUCCUUUCUAUUCAAGUUCUGUUCACUUUUGGAGUUGCUGCGGCCUUCACGCUCGUCGACCCGAUGCGAACAUGGCUACGGUUGAACUCCUGGUGCCCCGUUGCUUUUUCAUUUGCCGGGCUCAUCCUGAUGAUCUUCGUGACCUGCUUCCCUGACCUCGGGCGACGGGUGCCACUAAACUUCAUCUUGCUGUCCCUCAUCACAGGAUGCUUCUCCAUGAUGAUUGCCUUCGGAGGCGCGGCAACAGAAAGUGACGCCUUUUUCCUUGCAGUGGGCAUAACGUUUGUCGUCGUGCUUGCCCUGACAGUAUUCGCGUGUCAAACUAAAAUCGACUUCACAGGCUGCGGCCCCUAUAUAUUGGUCGCGAUGAUUUGCUUGAUGAUGUUUGGUAUCUUCUGUAUUUUCUGGUACAAUCGCGUCGCAAACCUCAUUUACGCGUCGCUUGCAUCGCUCCUCUUCAGCUUCCUUCUCGUUUACGACACACAGCAAGUCGUUGGCGGAAAGCAUCGCAAGUUUCAGUACUCUAUUGACGAUUACAUCUUCGCGGCUCUCUCGCUGUACAUGGACAUCAUCGGGCUCUUCAUGAACAUUCUUAGCCUGCUGUCGAACUCGUAAUCAGUUGUUUCCAGAUCCGCUUGCGACGCUGUCUGUGUAAACUUUGGAAAAGGGAAGCACGGACUAUGAACAAUCAUGGGGACGCACGUCGCUGGGUUGACGCUGUUUUUUCUCUGGCAGAAGGAAUUCCUGGGAGUGCGACGGCUGAGGAAGGGGCGGUCGUCUUCCCCCUUUGACGUACCGGGACACAGCGUGGGGCAAACUAUGUGUGUGUGCAUGCGCGGGGUUUCAUCACAUACUGCCGUUCCAUUAUUUUCGUUGAAUAAACACUGUCGGAAGUAGGUAAACUCGAAGUGAAAUGCACAUACGCAAGCUUUUAAGCAGGAGCAGCGCUAGGGAGAUACGCAAAGAGCAGACAACCGGCACAUGAUGGCGGCACGACGGAUUGUGGACCGCUAACAGUCUUUGAGGAUCCAUGCGGUGUUAUGUUUCCUGGUACUUAGUACAGGGGGACGCAAAGCUGCGCGCAUCCCGC